UAUUAAUAAUAACGUUUUGUUUGUUUGACAUAUUUUUUGAGAAUAAACUCUGGUUUUUGAGAAUAAACUCUGGUUCACGCUCCUACACACUAGGUGGCGAAAAUACACCUUAUCCUGCUAAUACACCGAAGGAGAAAAAUGUAGUUGGGCUCUCUUUGCGUGUUAAUUCGCUGCUGUUGAAACAUUCGCGUGACCUUUAUGAAUGAAAAUAUACCUUAUACUGUCGGUCUUAAUCAUCAACAUUAUAAUCAUUCCUGCAGUCCGAAUGGUUCAUGUAUUUGUGUACGGCUCGCUAAAGAAAGGCCAGCCAAACCACCCUGAACUCUUGAACUCUGACAAUGGUCAAGCUGAGUUCAUCACCUGCGCCCGAACCGUAGACAAAUACCCGCUGGUGAUCGCCGGCAAGUACAACAUCCCCUUCCUGCUGAAUGUGCCUGGCUCUGGACAUCGGGUCUACGGUGAGAUCUACAUGGUUGAUCAGAAGAUGCUGGAGUACCUGGACUGGUUUGAGAAAUGUCCAGAUCUCUACCAGCGCACCUCCAUCCAGCUGGAGAUCCUGAAGGAGAAUGAAGAGUCUGGAGGAGUUGAGGAGGCUUUUGUUUACAGCACUACUACAUAUGAGCCUGAUUGGCUCCAAAAGCCCACAUAUGAGAGUUAUGAUACCAACGGUGAUCAUGGACUGAAAUUUGUGCCUCGAGAGGAGAGGAAAGGUGAUUUACUUGUAGAUCUGGGUCUAUACCAUUAAGCUGGAUUAGCUGAUUAGCAGUUAAGUUUCAGUUUAGUUUGCACCAAUCGUGGGUUUUAGGUACCAUGAAGGCAGCUUGACUUUAAUUACUUGCUGCUAACCUGCUCUAGGUAAGAUUAUUAUAUCUACAAUAGUCUAGAUAAAUUAGAAAAUGGCAUUUUCAUCUAAAAACGCCCAUGUCUACAUUAUCAUUUUCAAUUCGUUUUAUCAUCCACUCUAAAAUGACUGAAAACCUUUUAGUUCAUGUACUGCGCAUGCACACAGACGCAAGAUGCUUUUACCUGCAUCACAUCCGCCUGCUGUUUAUUUACUUUCUCUUUGAAAUGUUGCGGCAAAAUGUCACAACUGUGGGCUGUUUCUGCUGCUGAACAAUGUUUAGUUAACACUAAACAUUCCCUGUCUUUUGACAGGAGGCAAAAACUAAUCAUAUUGAUGUUGUUAGCUCACAUUGCUAGUUUUGUGCUUAAUUUAUCUGUGCAUGUCAUUAAGACAUAAAAGUUUGCCCUUGUAAUCUAAAGUUGAAAUCUGAAAAAGCACUUCCUGUUUGUUUUCAGUUAAAUCAGGUCAGUCUGACUUAAUCACGCCCCUCCAGAUGUCAGUUUUGGUAACAAACAGAAAUGGUGAGCAGGAAAAGUUGUAAUAACUCGUCUAAGACCCUUUCUCCAAUCUUUCUAAAUCAAAUACCUACUUUACUACAUCCAAUCAGCUUGCAGUAGAAAAAAACAAGCCACGCCCACUGUUUUCUAAUUUAAUAUUUCGUUUUCUAGGAACUGUAGCUGCGUCCCAAUUCGCAUGCUAUCCAUCCUAAAUAGUAUUUGAAAGUAGAAUUAGUAUGUCCCAAAUCGUAGUAUGUUGAAAAGAGUAUGCCAAAGGUUCCCGUAUGGUUUACUAUUUCCGGUAAAAAACUCGAAGUGUGGAAGCGUCCAUAUUCUAACCGCUGAUAUUGCCCACAAUACAUUGCGCGAAGGACGUGAAUUUGAUUUAGAACUACAAACGCGGCUGAAAAGUGUAAAUAAACUACAAACAUGAUGAGACCAACCGUCAAGUAGAGAGGCUCGGUAAAGAUGUUUGUAUGACUAUUAAUUAAUAUCUAGGCCACUGGAACAUGUUUAAAUCGCGUUUUCUGUGUUAUAUUUCAUCUGCAACAACAAUACUGAACUUAUAUAAAGACGUGUUUGGACAUUAACGUCUGAAUGCAGAAUUAUCCAAACACCUGAGGAGAUUUCUCUGCAUGAAAGACUGGUGAAUGGGAGAUUAACUUGCUGCUGCUGCUUCUCCAAUAAGGUAGGGAAUUAAAUAUGAAAGAAAUGUGGAUGUUUGACAAGGCUCAUAACUAAGCAACACAACGAUCUGUUAACAAGGAAGUAGUAUGUCCCAAAAGCUUGCAUACUCUUCUGUUACACACUCAAAAGUGUGUACUUUUCCUUCACAAAAAAAUUACAUACUUUUAGGGUGUAGUAUAAGUAUGCGAAUUGGGACGCAGCAUGUGUCAAUACAAAAGGUUGCAGCUUCCGCUUUAUGCCGACUUGAAUACAGAAUCCAAAACACCUGCUUUACAACGUCGUCCACCAUGUUGGCUGAAUUAGUCAGAUGACUAAAAAUGCAUCAUCGAUUUUGAAAGUGUCUGUCUUCACAGUUCACACUGCAACACGAAAACGAUUAUUUCAGAUUUAUCCACAUGGGGUCAUGUCCACUUGCAUAUGUUUUUGUUUAAAAUUCUCUCCGUAUUGACCUUUCGUACACAAAAGGACGUUGUUUGCUAGCAUUUUCCGUCAACGUUUAACGCCUCGUGACUAAAUAAAGGGCAUCAAUGUGAUCGUGCACACCAACGUGCAAAACACUAGGCAUAAAAGCGUUAUUUUUAAGAAACGCCUCAUACUCGUUUUUUUGUUUUGUUGCGCCGUGUCAAAACCUUCUCCUCCAAUCAGAUUGGCACCUUUGUUCAUCUGCACGGAGCUGCUGAAGUUACUGUAAACAGCACUUGGAGGCGCUCUAGAGCAAAACUAACAAUGUGAGCGCACAUUGAAGAAGAUGCCCCGCGGUGACAUGAACGUGGAGCUGCUUAUUGCACUGGUGAACAAUAAUCAUUUCUUCAAUCAAUAAUCAUCACUAGAGCUGCAACUUGAACCAUCCAUGCGUGUUCGAAUCGCCAGUAACUUUAACAACAAGCGUGUCAACUUUCUUCUUCUUCUUCUGUUACAAGCAGGUGUCAGAAGCUUAAAGUUGUGUAUCACCAUCUAACAUCAAGGAGUGAUUUUGCAUACUCUUCUGCUCGACACCAGUGAAAAUCACUUGGGUUUGAAACCGGAAAAACGUCUCAAAACACUGACGAUAAACGAAAAACGAAAAGCGUCCCGGUGUGUACGAGCCUUGCGACACAAUUUUUAGGAAACGAAAACAUAUCAUUUUAAGAACGCUGUCCAAAGUGGAUAGAUUUAAAUAUGAACCUAAUUUUGGAGUCUCUGUAAACCAAUGCAGUAUUAUCAACUAAACAAACUCACUUCGCCAACACUAAUAAUGCAAAAUAAUGUCCAUCUUUUACUGAAUUACACCGACUCUCUCUUCUAUCUUCACAUGUUCAUGAUUUAAAGCCUGAGUAAACAGAUAAAGUUGACGAUCAGCGUCUUCAUGGUACCAAUAAAGCCUGACCACACUGGAAUAUGUAUAUAUAUGCAAUAUGUAUAAAUAUUGUCAACUAAUCCUGAGGUUGUUUAGCCAGAAUCAUGGUACAGAACAGGCCCAGGCUUCAGAAUUAAUGUUUACCACCACAUUAGUGUAAUUUACCAGUCAGAAAUGUUGCUGCCUUAUAACAGAUCAUGAGUUAUGAAGGAUUUAACAGUUAAAAUGCUUUUAAUAUUUGGCAUUUUAAGCACUUUUCUCUUCAAUUACUCAUGCAUUAGAUCUUGAUUAAU